GUUCUUUGCUGCCUGAGUCCCCUUGAUUGAGGUGGCAGCAGAACAACGUUGGUUUGUUCAAAGCUUUUUUCUCCAAAUUCUAUAGUGAAUGAAAUUGUUAUAAUUUAUUAAUGUUUUUAAUUCAUGUUAAUUAUAACCAUUUUUCCUAUUAAUUAGAAGUGUAAAAAUUAAUUAGAAGUGAAAAAAUUGGCAACUCUGGUGACAGUCAAAUGGACAAGAUCUCUCUUAAAGAGCAUAGAACUAUAAAUUCGGCAUUUCUAGCAUUUAAAUAAAGAGUGGGAAUUUCGAAAGGCAACUGAGAAUUCGCGUAAAUAUUAAUAAUCUAUUAAUUUUGCUGUAGGCUGUGAUUAAUAUGGAGGAGGAUUUGUUUAACAUCCCAUUACCGGACGUAAAACGAGAACUUCGUCGAGGCAUUAUCGAAUGCCAAAAGCGAGGGCUAAUUCAAAGCGCUAAGUGGCUCGCUGAAAUGAGCCAUGGCCUUAGUGAUGUCGACUGUGAUGAAGGUGGACCAAAUCGUUGCAAACAACAAUUUACGUCGGCGAAUGAGGAAUCUUGUCAGUUUCUGGAUGGAAUAUCACAAGCAGAAUAUGAUAAUUAUUUUCUAGCAAAAAGUUACUUUGAUGUGCGUGAGUAUGAUCGAGCUGCGUACUUUGUGCGAAAUUGUGAAUCGUCUGUUCCACGUUUCCUUCACCUUUAUGCCACCUUCCUGGCAAAAGAAAAAAAACGUUUGGACUCCACAACAGAUCGUUCGAAUUUGAAUGAUAUAGGACACGUGCGAGAUAUGACAGAAUUGCUGGCAAUUCUUCGUUCAGAAUAUUCUCAUGGUCGUCUUGAUGGUUAUGGUAUAUAUCUUUAUGGGGUUGUAUUAAAAUCAUUGAAUCUCAACAAAGUCGCAAUACAAAUGUUGGUACAUGCAAUUCGCUUAGCACCAAUGUUAUGGGCAGCUUAUGUUGAACUAGCUCCGCUCAUACUGGAAAAGGAAAAAAUGUUGUCUCUAAAUUUUGGAGGACAUUGGAUGCGGCACUUUUUUGUUGCGCACAGUUACAUUGAAAUGUAUUUGAAUGACGAAGGCUUAAAAGCAUAUGAAGAUCUUCAACAUGCAGGAUUUCGUAAAAGUGUAUAUGUAACUUCACAAAUGGCCCAAGCAUAUCACAAUAAAAGAGAUGUUGACAGAGCAAUAGAAAUUUUCCAAACACUACAAGAAAUCGAUCCGUAUCGAUUGGAAAAUAUGGACACGUACUCUAAUUUACUUUUUGUAAAGGAAUUGAAGACAGAAAUGGCACAACUAGCGCAUAAGGCAGUCAGUAUUAAUAAGUAUUGUCCAGAAACAUGCUGCGUUGUUGGCAACUAUUACAGCAUACGAUCAGAUCAUCAAAUGGCCAUUGUCUACUUUCAGCGUGCUCUUAAAUUAAAUCCAAAAUACUUAUCAGCGUGGACAUUAAUGGGUCAUGAAUUUAUGGAACUGAAAAAUACAAAUGCCGCUAUACAAAGCUAUCGCAAGGCGGUGGAAGUUAAUAAGCGAGAUUAUCGCGCCUGGUACGGAUUGGGACAAUCAUAUGAAAUCCUCAAAAUGCACUAUUAUAGUUUGUACUAUUUCAAAAUAGCCCACCAAUUACGACCAUAUGAUAGCCGAAUGCUUGUGGCUUUAGGAGAAACAUACGAAAAACUAGAAAAGUUCGAAAACGCCAUUAAGUGUUAUUGGAAAGCUUGUGAUGUAGGUGACAUAGAAGGAGUUGCUAUGUGUAAAUUAGCUGGCUUACAUGAAAAAAGGGGAGAAAUUGAAGAUGCUGUUCAGUGUUAUAUAAUGUAUUGCGAUGACGAAAGAGCAGCAACAGACAAACAAAGUUUAUACCAUGGUUUUAUGACUUUGGCGAACUAUUACGAGGGGAAAGGCCAAUUUGACAAAGCUUCGCAUUAUGCAUAUAAAUGUCUCGAAUCCGAUGAGCGGAAAUCUGAAGCAAAAGCAUUGCUUAAAACAAUUGAAAAUAAACGUAGUGGGAAAACCGGAAACAGUGAUAGUGAAGCGAACAAUUCUGCGAAUGCAAAUGUCAUAGCAGCAGAUACGUCAUCAGAUGAUGAUAUAGAGAUGGAAUUAAGUGAAUAUCUGUGUAGCGACUAUGCAUUGUCUUGUCAAUCGGAUAUGAAAGCGCCUACAAAAUCGGCAACAACCGAUGCUGAAAGUAUAACAAAUAUACAUUUGGCAUCAACUACAGCCGAUAUGAGCUUGAAUGAAAGCGAUUUGGCUGUUUCAAACAACGCAAAUGAAACUGGCCCGAGUACAAGCGCGGCGGCAGUGAGUGCGAUUGGGCAGUCAAAUGAAAAAUCAGCACAAAUUAGAGAUCCAGAGAGCAAUGACGACGAUCCACAUUCCAUGGAAAUAUCUUCAAUUUCUAUAGAUUAAAAUAUGUUAUUCAAUAUAUGGUGAAGUAAUAAUUUGGCAAUUGGAGCCCAUAUUUUCAAUUAUUUUCUUGUAUAACAUAUUAUUUAUAAUCUUUGCUAAACAAAGUACUUUUUAAUACAAUUGCUUUAGUAUAAAGGAUUAAUCUAAGGUUAUACUACAAAGUUAAUAACAUAAUCGUUUUUUUUUUUUUGUAAAAGUAUGCCAGUGACUGAUUAGAUUACUGCGGUACUUUAAAUCUUAUUCAUGAACACUUAUGUUGUUAAAUAUAAUUGGUGUGAUGUACCUACAUACGUAUGUCAUCUAUAAGUUUACUUCUAAA